CGCCUGACCCCGUUCGUUUCCAUCAACUUUCCUAACCCUAGACUUCAUCAUCGGGAGCUCGCCAAUCCUCGCCAUGAUACUUUUCGAUUGAUUGCGCGUUUCCUGCAUCACUUCAGAUUUUCCUCGGCGCUGCAGAGGAGUUUUGCGAAUUCCCAUCGGAAGGUUCGAUCUUCACCUCUCAGAUACAGAUUAUUUCCGUGGUCCGAUACAUCGCCGAUCAGAUGCAGAUUCGCUCCGUGGUUCGAUGCUCCUGGCUCGUUCGGUCGAUUUCUACUGAAACAGAUCCAAGUUCUCUUUGAUUAUUCCUUCCCGUUCGGAUUGUUGCGGCUGCUAAUUCGAGAGGGCUGCUUCUGUUCUGGAUCCCUCUAAUUCUCGUCCGAUCCAUGGGCGCUGACGAUCUUAGCACUCUGAUUUGUGCUUUUUGAGGCUUCUAAGUUUUGACGCUUGACGGAGUUAAAAAUUUUCUACAAUCUGAGAGUUACAAUAUUUUACGAAGACGAAGACUCGGCAUCUGGUUGCAAGAAAAGAAUCAAGGAGAGCUCACCGUUUUGGCCGUUCGAUUUGUCCGAUCAUAUCUGAGUAAUUGACAGCGGAAGGAAAAAUAAUAGAAAAAAAAAGAGCUUCAAUAUUGUACUGAUUGUUAGGAGUUUGAUAUAAGGCGCUCAUUAAAUCGAGGCCUUUGAUUAUAGUUUAUUUGUUUUUUGGCUAUUGUGUUGCUGUUAUCCCCUUUUUUUUUAGAUUGAAAGAGAAAUAUACCAUGGCGGUGUAUUAUAAAUUUAAGAGUGCAAGAGAUUAUGAUUCAAUUCCUAUGGACGGUCCUUUCAUCUCUGUUGCUACAUUGAAAGAAAAAAUUUUUGAAUCAAAGCAUUUAGGCAAGGGUACUGAUUUCGACCUUGUGGUCACCAACGCCCAGACCAAUGAAGAAUAUCUUGAUCAAGCAAUGUUGAUUCCUAAAAAUACCUCAGUGUUAAUUCGUCGAGUUCCUGGACGGCCCCGUUUACCAAUAGUUACUGAACAAGAGUACUAUCUCAAACCUAAAAUCUCAAUACCUGUGGAAAAUAAGGUGGUGGAAACUGAGCCUGAAAAGAGUGGCAUACCAACUGUUGAUUCCUCUUCCAUGAAAUAUCCUGAAGACUCUGAAUGGGAUGAAUUUGGCAAUGAGUUGUACGCUAUUCCUGAUGUAUUGCCUGUUCAAUCGAGCAACUCAAUACCAGAGGCUCCUCCAACUACAAAUAAAGCUGAUGAGGACAGUAAAAUUAAGGCCUUGAUUGACACUCCAGCCUUGGAUUGGCAGCGACAAGGUUCUGAUGGCUAUGGUAGAGGUUUUGGGAGGGGGAUGGGUGGACGAAUGGCGGGUGGACGUGGUUAUGGGUUGCAACAGAAAACACCUCCACCAGGCUACGUGUGUCAUAGAUGCAAGGUGCCUGGGCAUUUUAUUCAGCAUUGUCCUACGAAUGGUGAUCCAAAUUAUGACCUUAAGAGGGUGAAGCCACCCACUGGCAUUCCGAGAUCAAUGCUUAUGGCAGCUUCUGAUGGUUCUUAUGCUCUACCAACUGGUGAUGUUGCUGUCUUGAAGCCAAACGAGGCUGCUUUUGAAAAAGAAAUAGAAGGCUUGCCAACAACUCGCUCUGUUAGUGACAUACCACCCGAGCUCCGGUGCCCCUUGUGCAAGGAUGUGAUGAAAGAUGCUGUAUUGACAAGCAAGUGUUGUUUUAAAAGUUUUUGUGACAAAUGUAUCCGGGACUACAUUAUCUCCAAAUCCGUUUGCGUUUGUGGUGCAGCUAAUAUACUUGCAGAUGAUCUUUUACCAAAUCAGACAACAAGAGACCUAAUUAGUCGUAUAAUGGAGACAGGCACUACCAGUGCUGAAAAUGCUGGAAGCGCAUUUCAAGUUCAAGAUAUGGAGUCUGCUCGUUGUCCACAGCCCAAGAUUCCUUCUCCAACCUCAUCUGCUGUGUCUAAAGGAGAACAAAAGGUGUCCCAUUCUGAUGAAGGAAAAACAAAAGUACAAGAGGCAGCUGAUGAUAAUAGAAAGGCUCUAUCUGUGCCUCAGAAGAUGUCUGAAGAAGUAAAGGCCACAAGAGCCGCUGAUGUUUCCGAAGCUACUCAUGAGUCAGUGACUGUAAAGGAACCGGCUUCACAAGGUAGUGCUCAGCUGGUUGAGGAAGAAGUGCAACAAAAGUUGGCUCCUACUGAGGCAGCAAAGAAAAAGAAAAAGAAGAAAGCUCGUGUACCCACAAAUGAUUUUCAGUGGAAAGCUCCACAAGACUUUGGAGCUGAUAACUAUAUGAUGCCUAUGGCCCCGCCUCAAGGCUAUAAUCCGUACUGGAAUGGCAUGCAACCUGGCAUGGAAGGAUUUGUGGCACCGUAUGCUGGUGCAAUGCAAAUGAUGAAUUAUGGUUUCGGCCCCUUAGAUAUGCCUUUUGGCGGCGUUAUGCCUCAUGAUCCCUUUGGCAUGCAGAACUACAUGCUGCCUGUUGUUCCACCUCCAAGGGAUCUUGCGGAGUUAAGUAUGGGUAUGAAUGUCAUGAAUGCUCCGCCUCCGAUUAUGAGUAGAGAGCAGUUUGAAGCUCGGAAAGCUGAUCUCAGGAGGAAGCGUGAAAUUGAGAGACGUGGAGAAAGGGACAUUGCCAAAGAUCGGGAGAUUGGUAGGGAAGUGAACAGUGUUGGGGAUGUUCCUCCGAUGAAAUCGAAAUCUAAGCCUAUUCCUCCCUCGUCGAGCGCCGCGUACAACCAUCAACCCCGGACUCGUUUGGAGCGGCCAUCGCCAGAUCGACCUCCACGCGAGGUUGAACCUUCACGCCCUUCUAAGAGGAAAUCUGAGCACCACCUUGAUCGCGAUCGUGACCACGACAACGAUCGUGACCGUGAUUUGAUUCCAGACUAUGGCUACCCUGAUCACGACCGCCAUAACCAUCGCCAUCACCACUCGGAGUCCUCAUCAAGGCGCUCCUCUGAGCCGGUGACGAAGAGCUCUUCUGCCACGGCGGCGGCGGCGGCGGCGGCUGCUGCGGCUGCAGAUCGCAAGCACAAGGCCAGCGUCUUCUCUCGCAUAAGCUACCCUGAGGGCGAAGUCUCCAAGAAGAGAAAGCUCGCUACGUCAUCUUCUGCAGAACCAGCCGGUGGAUCGACGACUACGGCGCAUCACAAGUCAGUGUCGAAUGGGUAUUAUGACGAUUACAAAUCGUCGGGGCUUGGGAAGGUCGUUUCGACGGGUGGCGGGAGGAAGAAGAGUGUGGAUUAUGAAUCUAGCGAUGACGAACGGCAUUUCAAACGGAGGCCGUCUAGGUACGAGCCGUCUCCGUCGCCGCCACAGGCAGAUUGGGAGGAGGAAGGCAGGCACAAGCGCAGGCACAAGUAGAUUCAGAUUUGUCAUUAGUGCUGGAACCUGAAGGCGGAGCGAGCAGCGGGCGCUCGCCAUUACUGCUGGAACCUGAAGGCGGGGCGAGCUGCGAGAGCGAGCAAAAUUGCUCUUGGAAAUGUCGAUUGAACUGUAGAAACCAGAAACUAUGCAGCUGAAGAAGGGCAUGUAAUAAUCUGGAUACUGUAAAAUAUGGCCGUUCUAUUUAACCCCAUAAAAAUGUCCGUUUCAACUUUUCAAAUUUUCAUAUAUGAAGCUCAUGUUCUUGUUAGUCCA